UGUUUGAGUGCGGUUAGGUCGGCCUCUACUACUUGGGAGGAAAAGCCUUACGUCAGGAUCAGAGGUCGCUCGGGGGAGCCCGAUGCAGGGAAAUAUCCCGAUGGGAUAGCUAUCUACCCAGUCAGUCGCUAUAAAUACACCACCACAUCACAUGUCCAAGUAUCCCUGGAAUCGCUCUAAGUAUCGCCGCCCGACCUCCCAGUUUCCAGUUGAUUGGUGGAUGGAGUCACGAAUUCCUGAUGCAACUGAUUUGAUGGCAUUUGGAAAGGGCAUUCGGCUCAGUUUUUGGAUUGCCCCAACGACCCCAAAGCUGAAAAUGCACCCCAAAAGCUCGGUUUCCAUCUUCGACUGCUCUCCAAUGCCACAAACUUCCAGUUACAGUGGAGUUACUUCCCCUCCGUUUUCCAUUACCAAAAUCUACCUUUAAAAACCAUUGUCAUUGAAAUCAAUUAUCGGUUUUCGAAAAGGAUGAGGUGGGAUAGAACAUGAUGAUCUCUGAUCAAGGGUUACUUGGAGCAGUUCCGUUAAGCUAUCUGAGGAAGGGGUGAAUAAAUCCUGGGGCCAUAAACCAGUCUCGUUUGUGCUUUACUAUUGCUACUGGUGGUGUAGCUUUGAGUGCUUUAGACGACCUCGCCAUUUAUCAUAGCUGUAGCAGGCAUCUAAUUUAUAAAGGCAAGAGGCUAUUGAGGUUGUCGAAUCAAGAUGAACUAAUGAAUUUGAUCAGACGUUUGCCUUGUUGUUACCGUAAGAGUUCAGUCGUCAACCUUUAUAUCAUACAAUGUCCAGAUGCAACUGGUUCCAUUGGAGCAAUGCCCACUACCUUUUGCCCUCGGAGGAGCCCGACCAUUUCUCGUUGCCUUCGCCAAUUCCCGAAUGGCCUCAAGGUGGACGUUUUGCUUCUGGAACAACAAGUCUUGGGGAAAUCGAGGUUCUGAAAAUCACCCAAUUUGUAUCCAUAUGGGGCUGCAAUCUAACCUACCGAGAUAAUGACGGUGUCACAUUUUACAGACCAUUAAGGAUACCUGAGGGAUUCCACUGCCUUGGUCACUAUUGCCAACCUAAUGACCGGCCCUUGCACGGUUAUCUUCUUGUGGCGAGGGAAGUAGAUGCUUAUUUUCAGGAAAGUGAUCACAUUAGCAAAAUUGUCAAAUUGCCAGCCCUUGUGGAACCCCUUGAUUAUGAAUUGAUAUGGAGUCCAGAUGAUGGGAGUGAGGACAAGUACAGCGAAUGUGCCUACAUUUGGCUACCUCAACCGCCUGAUGGUUAUAAAUCCAUGGGUUAUGUAGUUACAAACAAGCUAAAAAAGCCUGAAUUGGGUGCAGUAAGGUGUGUUCGAGCUGAUUUAACCGAUAGAUGUGAAACUUACCGCCUAAUGCUUAAUAUCAAUUCUAAGUGUCCAAAAUUUCUAGUACAGAUUUGGAGUACAAGAUCAUGUCAACGAGGGAUGCUAGGUAAGGGAGUUCCAAUAGGAACAUUUUACUGUGGUAGUCACAAAGGCACUGAAAAAGAGCUUCCUAUUGCAUGCUUAAAAAACCUAGAUUCUACACUACCUACAAUGCCCAACCUUGAUCAGAUUCAUGCUCUUAUCAACCACUAUGGACCUACUGUCUUCUUCCAUCCCAAAGAGAUCUACUUGCCAUCUUCUGUUUCAUGGUUUUUUGAAAAUGGGGUGCUAUUACACAGAGAUGGUAUUUCAUCUGGGGAGGCCAUACAUGUUUGUGGCACAAAUUUGCCAGGUGGUGGGGGAAACGAUAGAUUUUGGAUGGAUUUUCCAAUCGACAGUUGUAGAGACACAAUCAUACGUGGAAAUUUGGCAAGCGCCAAACUCUACGUUCAUGUGAAGCCAGCACUGGGUGGGACAUUCACGGAUAUUGCUAUGUGGGUUUUCUGUCCCUUCAAUGGACCUGCCACUCUCAAACUUGGAAUGGUGAAUAUUAGUCUUGGGAAAAUUGGACAACAUGUGGGGGACUGGGAGCAUUUCACUCUCAGGAUCUGCAACUUUACAGGAGAGCUUUGGAGUAUUUACUUCUCCCAGCACAGUGGUGGCGAGUGGGUGGAUGCUUACAAUUUGGAGUUCAUACAAGGGAACAAAGCGAUAGUUUACUCCUCAAAGAGUGGACAUGCUAGCUACCCUCAUCCUGGGGUCUACAUACAAGGCUGUGCGACUCUCGGGAUUGGAAUAAGGAAUGACUGUGCACGUAGUCAUCUUUUUAUUAAUUCAAGCAUCCAUUACGAAAUAGUUGCAGCAGAGUACCUGGGAGGCAGUGGCAUUGUGGAGCCUUGUUGGUUGCAGUUCAUGAGAGAAUGGGGUCCAACUAUUCUGUAUAGUUCGAGAACGAUGCUCGACAAAAUGAUCAAUCGCCUUCCGUUGACAAUUCGAUUUUCAGUUGCAAACAUAUUAAAAAAGUUGCCAGCGGAAUUGUUUGGAGAGGGCGGUCCUACUGGGCCGAAGGAGAAGGACAACUGGGAAGGAGAUGAGAGAGGCUAGAUUCAUUGACCAUUCUACAUAUGCUGCUGGUACUGUAAGUGCCAUUAAUGGUUGUUGUAUGGCAGCCUGAGGGGAGUGGCCUGUUGAAGGAGGCUUGUGCCUUUAAACAGGACAAGAGAACUUGAUUGGAGUUGGAUUCAAUAUUUAGAAUACCCAACUCAAUUCUAACAAAAUUGGAUACUUUUUAUUUUUAUUUUUUAAUGUAUUGAUUCUUGGCUGAGACAUGCUUCCAGCUGCCUACCAACUUGAGAUGAACAUGGAAUUAAUCACUCACAUUUGUUAUUUUUUGUCCAAUUAAAGACGUUUUCUUUUGUAA